CACGUCAUUGAUUUGGAGGAUGAGGAUCAAGCACAUAAUCUUCCACCAGCUAUGCCCAUUCCUACUGUGGAUAUUUCACCUUCAAUUCCCCUUGUUAUUCUUGAUUCAGACAAUGAAGACUCUGGGAGUGAGAUGUCUAGCUGUCCAUACCAAGGGAAUUUCUCAGAGAAUACUGGUGAUGACAUUCAUAAAAAUGAUACUAUGGAAUGUGAUAAUGCUGGACACCAGACUUUGUUGGGAGGAGCAACUCUGUGUAGCGGAAAUGAAAAAAAAAAAGACAGUGGUGUAUUUGUUGGUGUAAAAGAUGAGGAAAAUGAGCAACCUGAUGAUGAUGGUGUCGAUGAUGUUUGGAAGGAAAUGUCAUUUGUUCUGGAAUACUCGAAGGAUACUACAGUGGAUCUUUUGUAUGAAGACCGUGCAAUUAAGGAUCGCGAAGAAGACUGUGACCACUUUUUCAUAUUGAAGGACGAUGUUGGUACCGUGUGUCGCAUUUGUGGGUAUAUUGAGAAAAGUAUUGAAACAAUCAUUGACCUCCAAUUUGGAAAGGUUUCAUUGGCCCUGUUUGUGGUCAAAUAA